AUGAGCGACGCAAAGUGCUUCACCAGGCUCAAAGCGUCGGAAAUCAAGACCGAGUUGGAGACGCUCGUGGAGAGCAAGAAGGCCAACGGCACGCACCGGCUUACGGUGCGCAGACAGAUUUUGAAGAAGAUUAUCGCCAACAUCAACUUGAACAACUCCGACAUGGUGCACCUCUUCCCAGAGGUGGUCGACACGGUGCUUACUGAGCCAUAUGCCAGCGACCUCGCCUGCAAGAAGAUGUGCUACAAGUACUUUGAGGCGUUUGGCGCUGCGCGGCCUGAGGGGACCCUUAUGUGUUUACCGUCGAUGCUCCGUGAAUUAACUGGCACGGGUGACGCGUAUGCGCGCAGCUUAAUACUUCGGUGCCUCGCGGGCAUUCCACUGAAGCAGGUGGCGGAGCUGUUGGCGGAGCCGAUCCGAGGCCUCAUCUCGGACGAAGACCCGCUCGUGCGGAAGACGGCGUGCUUUGCAAUCUCUAAGCUCUAUGACUGUGACGCAAAGCUCGCAGCGCGCCACAACUUGAUCGGCCUCCUCAACGACCGGUUGUACGACGAAAACUCUCAUGUGGUGGCAUCUGCGCUCGCAUCGUUGAGCGAGAUCACCGAGAAGAACAACACCAUGAAGCUCGUCGUCAAUGACAGCCACGCGCGCAACUUGCUCACAGUGCUCCACCGCUGCAACGAGUGGUCGCAGUGCUACAUCAUUAGCGCGCUUACGGCGUACGUGCCGCAGCUCGCGGACGACGCGCUCUUCGUGGUGGAGAAGUUGGUGCCGCUCCUCCGGCACGCCAAUACGGCAAUCGUGCUCAACGCGCUCAAGUGUAUUAUUUACCUCUCAAACUACGUAGAGGACAUCACCGAUGCGAUGCCAGUGCUCCCCAAGCGUUUGGGGAACGCGAUGGUGUCGCUCAUCGCAAAACAGCCGGAGCUCCAGUUCUUGGCCUUGCGCAACGUGAUUCUCGUCUUGCUCUCAAAGCCGCACCUUCUUGACUUGGAUGUCAAGAUGUUCUUCUGCAAGUAUGACGACACACUCUACGUCAAGGACACCAAGCUCGAGAUAAUCUAUCUCCUUGCGAACGCGCACAACUUGAAGAUCGUAUUAAAGGAGCUUGAGGAGUAUGCCACCGAGGUUGAUGUCACCAUGGCGCGCAAGGCCGUCCGUGCGAUCGGAAAUUUGGCCAUCAAGUUGCCGCGUGGCGCCAACGCGUGCGUGCAGUUAAUUUUGGACUUGGUCGCGGUCGACUUGCCCCACAUCACCCAGGAGGCCGUUGUGGUUUUCAAGAACGUGCUCCGCAAGUACCCACGCGAAUUUGACUCCGCCAUCCAGACCUUCAUCAAAUACACCGAUUUGGCCGUUACCGCACUGCCGUCCGAUGCGAACCCGUUUGUUAACCACCAUGCACCCGAAGCGGAUCCAGACGCCGUCGCUGCCAUCGUCUGGAUCCUCGGCCAGUACUGCGCCACUAUCGACGGUGCCGUAACCAUCCUCGACCGCGUCACACGCGACUUCCUCACCGACACCAUCGACGUCCAGUUGAUCACUCUCACCGCUGUCACCAAGGUAUUCCUUCAGUUGCCGAGCAAGGAUUCCGAGGCGUUGUUGAUUGCAAGACUCAAGCUUGCCACCGAGGAGGUUGACAACCCCGACUUGCGCGAGAGGGGCUUCUUCUACUGGCGAUUGUUAUCGUCCUUCCCACAGGACGCUAGCUACGCCAACGCCAAGCAGAUCGUGAUGAACAAGCUCCCAGUGAUCUCCACUGAUAGCGACAAGUUGGAUGUGGCAAUCCUUGAGGAGUUGGAGUUGAACAUCGGAACUCUCGCCUCCAUCUAUUUAAAGCCAGUGAAGCAGGUUUUCCGUUUGGCGCGCACAAGGAUUUUACCCCAGAGCGCGUGUUUGGUGCGAAAACCCAGGCCGGUGGCCAACGACCAGCACGACGCGCUCACUCGGAAGAUCUCGCCCAUCAACAACCCCGAUCUCAGAGCGAACCUCGAGCUGCAUGGCAGUUACGCCGGUCGCGCAGGCAGUCGCGACGACUUCUCCAGGAGCGACGAUGACUUUGUGGAAUCGUUCCGUGAGACUUCCAUGUCGAGCAGUUCGUCUCUCGGAUUGAACAAGGGCAUUGCCGCAAUCGGCAACGUCAAUCGGUCGCUCACACGAACAGGGUCCAUGAUUGGCCGCAAGCUUACCUUGAAGAAGAAUUAG